GGAGGUUUGUCGAGCAAAAACGUCUUCUUUUCCGUCCAGAAUAGUUUAAAACUAUUUGAAACCGAUUGAAUCACAGAGAUAUAGUGUAUUGGACACUGAGAACUGAAUGUGGGAGGUUUGUAUCUUCAAGACUGACCCUUGGAGGAUCGGUAUCCCUUGCUUGAAAAUUCAACUAGUUAGUUAGAAAGGAAAUGUUAAGAAAAGGUUGUACAAAUGGCUUGCGGGCCCUUAAACUUGGAAAAGUUUGCUAUAUUCAUCAUUCGAAGUUUACUUGUGCACCUUGUAUUGCUUACUUUGGAGGACAGCGCAGUCAGUUUUUGGACGCGUCAAUGUUGAAAUUACCAUCGUCUCAGAUCCAAUUCAUACCAAAAAAUGCAUUUUCAACUUCAUCGGGAAAAGGUUCGUCAGACGAUGAUAGUGGCAUUGAUCCAGAUGGCUUACCUACUUCAAAUGCACAUGAAUCUGAUCCAUCAUCUACGCCACUUCCUCCUGCAGUUCCACCAUUAGCAUUGUCUCCACAAAAUAUCCCAGAGAAUUUCCCUAUUGUACCGGUGAUUGCAAUAUCUGGUUCACCGUUAUUCCCAAAAUUUGUUAAAAUGAUUGAGAUCACUGAUUCACGUCUGAUAAGUCUUAUUCGUCGAAAAAUCAAAUUGAAUGCUCCAUAUGCGGGAAUAUUUUUAAAGAAACCAAAUACAGAACAGUCAGAUGUCGCAAAUAGUAUGGAUGAAUUGCAUCGAGUUGGCACAUUUGUACACAUUCCUGAAUGGGAUGAUUUAGGCUCGAAAAUUCGUCUACUAGUUAUUGGACAUCGUCGCAUUGAACUGAUUCGUCCAGUUGUAGAGGAUAAUGUAGAAGAAGAGAUCAGCUUGCCAGUUGGGAAACGUAACAGUUUAGUUCGACGCGCUAAACGUGCAGCGGUCAAAAUCACAGAAUCUUUAAGUUCUAAACCCUCAAAUAAUCAAACAUCAUCAUCAUCACCAUCUUCGGAAGAUACAACAUCUAUAAAAGGUGAAAAUCAGUCAGAUAGCAACACUAGUGGUGGGAGUAGUAGUAGUGGUAGUUCCAGUGCUUCCAUAAUAUUGGAUAACGUUGAACUUGGUGCUUCUUCACCAGUUUUAAUUGGUGAAACAAUUAAUCUCUAUCAUGAUCUGUAUGAAAAUACACAAGAAAUUAAGGCUUUAAGCGCUGAAAUUGUAAAGACAAUCCGAGAUAUAAUUAGUCUUAAUCCUGUGUAUCGAGAAAAUGUUCUUGCGAUGCUCCAAGCUGGACAACGUGUUGCUGAUAAUCCUGUAUACCUCAGCGAUUUAGGAGCCGCAAUGUGUAGUGCCGGUGAUACAGAAGAAUUACAAGCAGUUUUAGAAGAAAUGAAUAUUCAUAAACGUCUUCGAUUAUCAUUAAAUUUAGUUAAAAAAGAAUAUGAAUUAGGUCGACUUCAACAACAAAUAGGUCGUGAAGUUGAAGAGAAAGUUAAACAACAACACAGACGUUAUAUGCUUUCAGAACAAUUGAAAGUAAUUAAAAAAGAACUAGGUUUAGAGAAAGAUGAUAAAGAUACAAUUGUUGAAAAGUUUCGUAUGCGUUUAAAGGAUUUAACUGUUCCAUCUGGUGUUAUGGAAGUGAUCGAUGAAGAAUUGAAUAAAUUAAGCGUUUUAGAUAAUCACUCUUCAGAAUUCAAUGUAACACGUAAUUAUUUGGAUUGGUUAACUGCACUACCUUGGGGUGUAACAAGUGAAGAGCAUUUAGAUAUUGGACAAGCAAAGAAAAUUUUAGAUGAAGAUCAUUAUGGAAUGGAUGAUGUGAAAAAACGUAUCCUGGAAUUCAUUGCUGUUAGUCAAUUGAAAGGUUCAACACAAGGCAAAAUUUUAUGUUUUUGUGGUCCACCUGGAGUUGGUAAAACCAGUAUAGCUAAUUCAAUAGCUCGUGCAUUAAAUAGAAAAUAUUUUCGUUUUUCUGUCGGUGGAAUGUCUGAUGUAUCUGAAAUUAAAGGUCAUAGACGUACUUAUGUUGGUGCUAUGCCUGGGAAAAUUAUUCAGUGUCUUAAAAAAACUAAAACUGAAAAUCCACUCAUUUUAAUCGAUGAAAUCGAUAAAUUAGGUCGUGGAUGGCAAGGUGAUCCAGCUAGUGCUUUAUUAGAACUACUUGAUCCAGAACAAAAUGUUAAUUUCCUUGAUCAUUAUCUUGAUGUUACAGUAGAUUUAAGUCGUGUAUUAUUCAUUACAACAGCAAAUCAAUUAGAUACAAUUCCAGAACCAUUAAGAGAUCGUAUGGAAGUGAUUGAAGUAUCCGGUUAUGUUGAAGAAGAAAAAUUAGCCAUUGCAAAACGUUAUCUUCUUCCAUUGGCUACUCGAAAUUGUGGUCUAGAUGAUAAUCGUCUUUUAAUUGAUGAUAAUGCAAUAAAACGUUUAAUUAAACAAUAUUGUCGUGAAAGUGGUGUACGUAAUCUACAAAAGCAUAUUGAAAAAAUUGUUCGUAAAGUUGCUUAUCAAUUAGUCAAUGCAGAGAAAGAUCCACCAAUUCUAGUCAAUAGUGAUAACUUAACCACAUAUGUUGGUCAACCAAUUUGGACAUCAGAUCGUUUGUACGAUUCUAUCACACCACCUGGGGUUGUUAUGGGUUUAGCUUGGACAUCAAUGGGUGGUUCUGUUCUAUAUAUUGAAUGUACUCAUAAAAAACCGAAAUAUUUCUACCAAUCUACCAAUACUACUGAUUCACACAGUGAUAGUAGUAGUGAUUCGGAGGAAGUAUCUAAUAAAAAAGGGAUUUUACAAGUAACUGGAAGUUUAGGAAAAGUUAUGAAAGAGUCCAUAUCUAUCGCUCAUACAUUUGCUACACAAUUCGCUGCUUCCGGUGCUCCAUGCUUUUCUACAACUACUGUCACUGAUAAUGAUAGUGCUGAUAGUAAUAAUAAUCAAGAACAGUGUAUGCUUAAUCCAACAGAAUCUUCAAAGGCAGCUUUAUUCCUUCAAGAAUCUGAUAUUCACUUACAUGUUCCUCAAGGUGCUACACCUAAGGAUGGUCCAUCUGCUGGAGUAACUAUGGUAACGGCUUUGUUAAGUUUAGCAUGUGGUAAACCUGUUCGUCCUAAUCUAGCUAUGACUGGUGAAAUAAGUUUAACUGGUAAAGUUCUACCAGUCGGUGGUAUCAAGGAGAAAGUUAUCGCAGCUAAACGUGGUGGUAUAACAAGUAUCAUUUUACCAGAAGCAAAUCGUAAAGAUUAUGAUGAUUUAGCAUCGUUUAUUAAAGAUGAUUUACAAGUUUAUUUUGUUCAACAUUAUAAAGAAAUUUUCCCAGUGGCAUUUUCACAAACCUAAAAAAUCGAUGAUACACAAUAGAAAAGGAAAAAAUAGGAGGUGUGAACUGGUUUGUUGCUUAACUUAACAUACAAUAAGAAGGAAAGAGAGAGAGAGGGGAAAUGUGCAAAACUUCAUUUCUAAUUUUGUAUAAAUAAAAUUUCCCAUCAUAAAUGAAAAAAAAUUCUUUUUUAUUAUAAAGAAUAUGGGCAUAUGUAACCGGGAUUGUUUCUUUAAAUUAGUUGAUUAGUAGUUAGUUAGUUAGUUAGUUAAUCCUACCCCUCUGUUCCCCACUUUCCCCAUACAACUAAGUAGAAGAAACCAAUAGGACUGUUUGACAAAAGAAAUAAGGUUUUGCAAAGAGUUCACAAUUGGAACGUGUUAACAGUUUACUUUGUUAUAUUUCAUAUGCAAAUAGAAACUUUGAUUCAAUGAUACUUUAUUAUAUUGUAAAGAGGAACACGUUAACAGUAGAUACUUCUCUAUCACAUUUAUCAAUUUUGUAAUCACUCAAAAGCGUUUGAAGCUAUAAUGAAUACAGUAGUAUGGGAUGUGUUACCAUCGCAAGUAUGCAUUGCAUACCUAUAUAGAAUGUAUAGACCGAGGUCUAUACACUCUAUAGUAGACAGAUGUGAUUUACCCCAAAGUAUAGCCGAACUAUUUAACAAUACUGAAUUAAUGAAUUAGCUUGGAAAUUAUCAUUUGACGAUGUGUUCUCAUCACGCUUAUACCACCACAAACACGUUUAGUGUUGACCCAUGUGCAUAGGUUGCAGUACAACUAUGUUCUUCACUCUGGACUACUCCUAGCAGAUCUAAUAGGCUCUC